AUGUCGUGGCCAGUACCAGAUACCUUAAUGAUUGAACCAACCGAGUCCGAAUCAAAGGCUGAAUUAGAUAGAUUUUGCAAUGCAAUGAUUUCUAUACGUAAAGAAAUCCAAGAGAUUGAAGAAGGUCGACAACCAGAAAGCAACAAUAUUUUGAAAAACGCACCGCAUACAAUUCAUACGUUGGUCAGUACAGAAUGGGACAAGACAUAUUCACGCGAGCAAGCCGCGUAUCCAAUGGUGGAAUUACAAAGUCGCAAGUUUUGGCCGUCAGUGAGCAGAUUAGGCAAGUGUUCAGUAAUACAACAUCGUAAAUGCAUACAUUAUAUGUCUAAUGUUUGUUUCCGUGUUACAGAUGAUGCCUAUGGUGACAGGAAUCUCGUCUGCUCUUGUCCACCGAUCGAAGACUAUGUGGAUAAUUGA